UGGUAGAUACAGGAAGGUGGCCUGUCGCUUGGUCCACUAUCCGCAGUGCGGCUAUGGGGGCUGGAAACAGCGGUAUCGAGCACUGGGCAAGAUGGGCAGAAGAGUGACUUAAGGGUUGGGGGUCAGCCUGCUGGGUCACCUUUGCUCUGUUUCCUUCUUUGAGCCUCUUUGCUGCCUGCUACACUACUGGCAUUGUAUUCAUAUUUUCCCGACAACCAGAAAGCCGAGUGGACUAAAAAAUCACGGGCUUUGUGCUGGAGGUUGGUCUUACUACUGUGCUUAUCUACUCGCCACACAACCAUCGCAAUGAGACGCUCGUGGACCGCAAGGCUAGCAGUGGCCAUCGCUACCAGCCAACUUUGCUUUUCGUCUACUAUGGCGCAAGAUGUCUCACAGACAGCAUCCAACGAUAUACAAUCUUCAACGACGACGAUGCCUACGAUUUCGGAAGCAGUAGAAUCGUCGACUGCAAGACCGACAUCGUCGGGUGAACCGACAAUCCACUCGAUCAAAGCUGGCGUCGGAGGCUUUAAGUUUACACCGCAAGAACUUCACAACGUCUCCGUGGGUGACAUCGUACAAUGGGAGUUUUAUCCACCAGAUCAUUCGGUUGCAAGAGCGGAGUUUGGAUCAGCAUGCGUACCGUAUGAGUAUACGGGAAAAGAUAAAGUAGGGUUCUGGUCUGAGACCCAAUGGGUGAACAAUACGAACGAGCUCACAUACUUCAAUGUUACGAUCAAUUCGACAGAACCCAUCUUCUUCUAUUGUGCAGCACCGAACUCGUGUCUGGGCGAGCACAUGGUUGGAGUUAUCAACCCGAACUCUACGCAGACUCUGGCGUCGCAAGUCCAAGCGGCUGCUGCUGCAGACUUUCAAGUAGCACCCGGCGACCCAAUUCCCGCGGAGGCGACAUCGACGCUGUCUAAUGCUCCUACGUCAACGGGAACAGCACCGCCACCUAGUGGUGGAGGCCAUGGCGGCGGCCCCAGCCUAUCCACAGGUGCUAUAGUUGGCAUAGUAAUUGGCGGAGUGGCUUUCCUGGCAAUCUGUGCCGCCCUUUUCUUCUUUGUCGGCCGAUCCAAGUCGUUAAAGGAGGUUAUCAAGCAGCGCGACACUAUGAAUACCCACGACCCAAACAUGAGCCAACAGUACGGUCAUGGAGGACUCGCUUCGCCAGGCUUCCAAUCGCCAGCUCCUGGGUAUGCAACACCGCCACCAGGACACUAUCCAGACUAUGGCUUCAACUCGCCCCCGGGAUACGGUCAGCACAACGUGGGAGAGCAGUACCCGUCCGGUUGGACCAGUCCUGGGCCCCAACACGGCCAUAUGAGCAUGAUGAGCAAUGUCAGUGGGUUGUCGCAGCAACAGAUCGAUCAACUAAAGCACGCACAGAUAAACGGGCAACCUGCCGUAGCAGAGUUGCACAGUCCACCGCUGGAGCAGCAGUCCUUCUCGGCAGAGUUGGACGCAUCUGGACGCGAUAAGCCGAAAUGAUGAGCGGGCGAUAUGUAUUUGAAUUCUCAUCUUUAGCUCGUAUGCAAUGUUCGUUUGAUGCCAUUAGAUAUAGUAGUGCAUUGCCCGAAGAGGCUUCGUGCAGAAAGCGUGAUAAAACAGGGAAGAACGUCUAGCGUCAUCGUAAAGGCUUGACUGAACGGUACAAGCUACUCGCGAUACAGAGUGCAGAGGACAUCUGUGUAGUAGGCAAGCUUAUCGAUAACAUGAAGUGUAGUCACGCUUUUGUCGUACGC